UGACUCAGAGCGCGGCGGCGGGGGAGCCGGGGCUAUAAAUACGGUGCCCAGCGCCGCAGUCCCCGCUUGCGCAGCGCAGGACGCGGAGCCGCAGAGGCCUGCACAGGACCUUGGAGUUUGCUCUGGGGUGAGGAAGAUGAGGCUGCUGCUGCUCUCGCUGCUGGGGCUCCUGCUGUCCUGGGAGGAAGGCCAGGCCCUGGUUCCGCCCAAUGAAUUGCAACGUAAGUGGCGUUGGUGGGGCUCCGCGCACUGGGGCGGAAACUCCCCGGGUGGCUGGGGCUGGUGGGAUCGGCACAUGCGGAGUAAUUCAGGACACACAGCACCACCGACUGCAUGAAGCUCAGGUGCAGGGCCAGGCAGGCUGUUACAGGGAUCAGUUUCUCUGAUUUGUGCCCCGUGCUCCAGCUGACAGGUGCCCCGCCAGCCACUGACAACAGCUGUUACUUGGGCUUUGCUGCUAGGGCUUGCCUCUAGGACCCCCAAAAAGCGGCUCUAUUUAUCUAUCGCGCCCAUCACCAUUGUACUGAUUGCCUAUAAGAGUCAGAGGAGCGGCGUGUGCAUGGGGGGUUAAAUUGGGGUGUGGGACCCCAGUGUUUAUAUGGAACGAGCAGGGGAGGGGGCUAGGCUGAUGUGGGUUUAGAUCUGAAACGUGGCAAACCUCCAGGAGUCUGGCUGAAUUUCUCUUCGGAUUAGGCUGGAAAGAACCCCCAGGAACCAAAACAAAAGAUCAGGGAUGGACCUGAUCAAUUUACUGAGGGCCGUGGUGGAUUCACCAUCAGUGAUGUGUUUUACUUUAUUUUUUUUAUUUUUAAAUCAAAACCGGAUGUUUUUCUUAAAGCUCUGCUCUAGGAAUUGAGGGGUAGUCUCUGGCCUGUGCUGUACAGGAGAUCACAAUGGUCCCUUCUGGCCUGGGAAUCUAGGAAUCUGUGGUCCAAACCCAUGAGGCCAGGACCCCAAGCCCUGGGGAAAUCUGGAUCUGGGCGGUGUGGAUCAGGACCAUCUAAACAAACUUCUCCCCCAAGUCCCUGGCAUCAGGAGUGUCUUGGGUCCAAGCCAGGUGCUUGCAUCAUGAGAUCAUUUCUCCCACAGCUUCCUGCCAGGUAACACCGCACAAGUAUCAACUCUUCAGGGUUUGCUAGGUUGGGUCCUGUGGAAAAUGGUGCACCCGAGUAGCAGACCUGAGAGCAGGCUGUUGCGGCUCAGAGAGGAGUGGGCUCAGGGGGACUGGGUGGGAUCAGUCUUUACUCUAGAUCUUUGGCACCAAAAUUCAGUUGUUCUUGGCUACCUCCCUCUGGCACGGUCCCAGCCCAAAUCUAAGCAAGGUUAGAACGGAGCUGGGCAAAUAAGAAGUUUGUGUGAAAUUUCAGCUGAAUUGGAUUUGACCCUUUUGGGGGCAAAUAGGCUUUGGAGAUGCAAAUAUUUGGGUGGGAAAGAUGUUAUGUCAAAUCUGGGCAGCCAUCUUAGAAGAAGCAGAAGGCCAUCUUAGCGUAGCUCUCCUGAGGCAAUUAACUUCUCCCCCCCCCCCCCCGCCCCUUUCAGAAAUGUCUGUAGCGGGGAGCAAAUACAUAGACACCCAGAUCGAGAAUGCCAUCAACGGGGUGAAGCAGAUGAAAAGCCUCAUGGACAAAACCAGCAAAGACCACCAGGAGAUCCUGACCACGCUGGAGGAAACCAAGCAGAAGAAAGAGCAAGCCAUGCAACUAGCCAAGGAAACGGAGAAGAAGCUGACCGAGAAGCCGGAGGUAUGCAACGAGACCAUGCUGGCCCUGUGGGAGGAAUGUAAGCCUUGCCUGAAGCAGACCUGCAUGAGGUUCUAUUCCAGGACGUGCAGGAGCGGCUCGGGCCUGGUUGGCCGGCAGCUGGAGGAGUUCCUGAACCGCUCCUCCCCCAUCUCCAUUUGGGUGAACGGCGAGCGCAUUGACUCCCUGCUAGAGGAGGACCAGCAGCAGGGCCGCUGGCUGGAGGACCUGGAGGAGCGCUACAGCAUGGUGGAGGACAGUGUGGACGACCUGUUCCAGGAGAGCACGCGGGCCUACGGCCGCAUGGCCCCGUUCUUCCGCUUGCCCUUCGCGGAGAGCUCCCGCAGGGCCAUGCAUGCCCCCUUCCGCUUCCGCUUCCCCUUCGCAAACGCCAGGGUGGUCCGUGACACGCACCCCUUCUUCUCCCCACUCCGGCACCAUGGCUUCCACCGCCUCUUCGAGCCGCUCUUUGAGAUGACCCAGCGCAUGUUCGAGGGAGCCCAGAAGGCCAUGGAGCAGGACGGCCAGUGGUUCGAAGGCAGCCAGGACCCCCUGCUGGGAGGGUCCACCACAGAGACUCUCAACUCCAGCGACAACCGCAUGGUGUGCCGGGAAAUCCGCCGCAAUUCUGCUGGCUGCCUGAAGAUGAAGGACAAGUGUGAAAAAUGCCAGGAAAUUCUGUCUGUAGACUGCUCCCAGACAGACCCAGCCCAGGGCCAGCUGCGGGAGCAGUUUGAGGACGCCCUGCGCCUGGCGGAGCGCUUCACCCGCAAGUAUGACCAGCUGCUGAGGACCUUCCAGGAGGAGAUGCUCAACACCUCCAGCCUCCUGGACCAGCUCAACAAGCAGUUCGGCUGGGUGUCCCGCCUGGCCAACCUCACCCAGAACGGCGACGGCAUGCUGCAGGUCACCACGGUGCUUUCCAAGACCCCCAACCGCAAGGAUUCCCCCAGGCCUUCUGACACCCAGGUGACCGUGCAGCUCUUCGACUCGGAUCCGCUGUCCCUGACGGUGCCGGGCGAGAUCCCCUGGGACGACCCCAAGUUCAUGGAGGUGGUAGCGGACGAGGCUCUGAAGCAGUACAAGCAGAAUACCAUCGAGUGACACUGUCGUCUGCCCUGAUCUUCAGUCUCAUCUUCGGAAGAGAUAAGCCAUAGCCUUCAGCGAUGCCCUUCUCCAUGCUGCAUAGACCCCCUAGAGCUGCGGAGGAGCCCUCGGCCUGGCACGCAGCCCUGAUUCGCGCUCUGCACUAGUAGGUUAAACACUGUACUGCCUGUACUUUGCUGCUGGGUUGUAGGGACCCAAAACGAGAAAUAAAAUUUAAAUCUGACACGGAGAA